AUGCGAUCCAGUAUCGCCUGCGCCCGGUGCCGGCGCAGUAAGAUCAAGUGCGUCAAUGCCGGCAUCGACACCACCUGCCGGGCCUGCGAGUCCUCCGGCCGUGAAUGUGUUUAUCCCACCCCAGCGAUUGGUGUGACCGGGAAACGGGAUCUAGCAACUCUGGCUGAAGGAGAUGACCGGAAUGGUGAUUGGGAUGGUCCGAAACGCUCGCGCCCACGCAAGUCCAUCGGCAUGUCUGGCGCAUCUCCCGGCUCCAAGGCGGGCCUGGAUGCUUUGGACUCGUCGAUUCUCACUACGAAAGUCUGGGAGGCGGUCUUUGAUCUCUUCCAGUCGCAUUUCGCUACUCUCCUGCCCUUCUUACACCCUGCGACUUUCCUCGGCCAGAUCCGACUUCUUUCUACACCCCCGGUCCCACCGUCAGUCGCCCCGCUAGAUGGUCAGGAUGCACACAACCCGGCCCUCAAGACAGACCCGUCAUCUUCAUUGAUUCCGCUCGGAGUCCUCGCGCUAACGGCUCGUUUCCAUCCUCCCCUCGUGGCAUUUCACUCACCGGCCUCACCCGGCCACUCUUCCAAUCCUCUCGCCGCAUCCGAAUACUAUGCGACAGCGUUGCGCAGCCGGCUGGCCGGCCUAGAUGGCGCAAACCUCGCAGUACCCGAUUUAGCUCGGGUACAAGCUCUGUUGAUGUUGGCGCUGCACGAGUGGGGGAUGUGCCGGGGAAAGAGUGCCUGGGUAUAUGUGGGCAUGGCCAUCCGGCUCGCACAGGCCAUGGGCCUACCAUUUGAAUUGGAGAACGAAUUCCCGUCGCGCGAUGUUUCCCGGUCGUCGCCAGGCUUCAAGACCGAGGCGGACCACUUCGGUCUCACCCGCCGCGUGGAGCCCAAGGAACUUACCUCCGACGACAUUAUUGCACAGGAGACGAAACGUCGAACCUUUUGGGCUUGUUUCCUGUUGGACCGGUGCCUGAGCAGCGGCAAGUAUCGGCCUCGGAUGAUCCGAGUCAAAGAGCUCGGAAUCCAACUUCCGAGUGACAAUGCUUUUGCCUUUGGCGAGCGUGUACGGACGGCCCGUCUGAAUGAGCCGACGGCACGCCGUCCACAAAGCUUCGGUGCACAGGGUGUGCAAAUCCCCAGCAUUCGACAGAGCAUUGGCGGGUUCGGUGAUGAGAAGCUUCAGACUGCUAAUGGCACUCCUGAUAACAAGGCCUGGUCACCGGUCUCCCGGCGCAAGGAUUCCAGUGAGGACGAUGUUGAUCGCUGGGAGGUUGGUGCUGAAGAGUCAGUGCUGAGUCGAGUGAUUCGCAUCAUCCGAAUCUGGGGAAGCAUUGCUAAAUGGUCGUGUGCUGGCGGUCGACGAACAGAGCAGUACCCGCCCUGGCACCCUGAGUCCCGCUUUGCGUCGCUGCGUAUGCAACUGAACGAGUUCCAGGACAGCCUCUCCCGCAACCUACAGUACUCUCUGCGGAAUACCGACACCCAUAUCAUGUAUAAGACCACCCUGGCCUCAUAUACCGUGAUGCAUGUCGUCUACUUCCUGUCUGUCAUCGUCUUGCACCGCGCUUAUAUCCCAUUCCUGCCUCUUCGCUGCAAUGAGCCGGUGGGCCCAUUGGAUGAGCCACUGUUCCCCUCUGAUAAAGUCAGCGGUCCUCCCGAGGCGUUCUGGCGUGAUAGUGCUCGCGAGUUGUUCAAGGCUGCCCGCCAGAUGGUCGACCUCGUGGUCACCUGCCAGGCUCGGGGUGCGCUCGUGGAAAGCCCGCUGGUCGGCUUCGCGAUCUACAAUGCCGCCUUCAUUGGUGUAUAUGGUACGCACUUCCCCCACAUGGAUCCUGAGGGUCUGCUGGGUGUACGGUCACCCCCUCCGAGCCACGAUAGCCACCAGCCUGGUGCUGCCCAAGCUCGCAAGGCACUUGAUAUCCUGCGUGAAAUGCGACCCCGUCUGAAGAUGGCUACUGGCUGGUUCCGCACAUUGAACCGUCUGCACAGCUACUUCUCCAAAGUCAAGCGUGACUUCCGUCGGUAUUCACGAAACAGGCUAGACAGCAUGUCGGACGCAUCAGAUCAUGGUCCCGCCAAUGGUAUGCGACCCAUUCGUGAAGGCGGAUCUGGCGGUGGCUUGGAAGAGUUCAGGCUGCUGGAGAAGCUGUUCCUAGACUUUGGUACGAUCGAAGACCAGCUGCCAGAGUCUCUUGAUGACGAUGGUACCGCGAUUGCCAUCACCGGCGAGCCCAUGCCCGAGCGGACUAUGAACCUCAGCGACGCCGGCAGCAAUGCCGUUAAGAGCGACGUCGACGGCAGCGAGAUCUUUGACGGCGGUCGUCGCGAGUCCUGGGUCCCUAUCAACAGCCCGGGUCUGCCACCGCCAGGUCACGAGGGCGACCGCCGUCCAAGCCUGCCACUCCCCAACAGCCGGCCGAUGCCUUCGCAAUCACCCUACUCCCUGCCCUCGCUGCAACAGCACCACCCGGAUGGACCGAUGUACACCUCCUCGCCACCCAGUCUGCCCAGCAUCGCAGCAACCACUCAGUCACCCUCACAAUAUCUCACCGCAACAACCAACCGUCUGCAGCCGAUCAACUCAUGGCUCCCUUCGCGCCCAACUGCACCACCACCCCCAUACCAGUCUCUGCCUCCUAUCAACGCCUCCACUCCGAAUGGCAUGCCCGUCCUCCCACCCCCUGGCUCAGUCACUCAGCUCGCCCCCUCGCCCCCAUUGACUUCCACUGAAGUUCCUGAUACGAGUCUGCUGUCGACCAGUCUAGGUGGUGACGAUGUGCUCGCCUUCUUGGAUGGUUGCGAAUGGGCACAGUUUUCGAUGACUGCUCCAUCUGAGGUGGGUAUUCCCGCUGGCUGGUUGAGUACGGUCUGGGCACAGUUCGCCCGGUAG